AAUUCAAUAUGGCGCCGGAGCUGUAGAAAGAAACCUUUUCCUUGGAAAUAUCUCUGAAAUUAUGCAUGCAGCUUCCUUAGUAUGAUUGGCAGGUCGCUUCGAAUUAACCAAUCAAACUUUAAGAUGUCAUGUGCUUUCAGAAGAUGAAGUUUCCCAUAAUUUACAGAAGGAGUUUUUGCUCUGCGACACUGCGUCGUCAUUUUAACACGAAGAUUUUUCAGCGUUGAAAUUAUCUACUGAUCGAUAGCUUUGGCCAACUUUCCGAGGCAAUGACCGAUUGGGAGGCGACAUACGCGGAGGAGAUUAAAGAUCAUAUAGAGAGAAAUGGUAUGUCGGGUAUCGAUGACUUCUUCAAGAAGCAGUUGGAGAGAUGGAAGAAGAAGAAAGUAAACAUUGGUAUCACUGGCAACUCAGGAACUGGAAAAUCGAGUUUUAUCAACGCGAUACGGGGGUAAGUAUUCUCUGUUGUAAUAUCAAUAAAUAGAGUAGAGAAAUUAAGGAAGGCAGUGAAGUCGACUCUUCUCAGUGUGCCACGUCGACGAGUUACCUAUUCUCUAUAUAUUUUACUUCCCUGGACUUGAUCCAAUCGCGUGUUAGUUCCUUGUAUGCACUUUAUCACGUAUUUCACACACAGGGCAAAGUCCAGAUAGGCAACAUGAGUAUAGCAGGUAAUUUGGUGGUAACGGCUGAGUUGAAAACAAAAAUUAGCCACUGUAAAGGGUAAAAAAGCUCACGUUUUUUGAGCGCCAGCCCUUCUUCAGAGCGAUUGACGAAGGGCGAACACUCUGACAAAGGGCUAACGCUCGAAACGUCAGCUUUUUUGCCCUUUACGGUGGCUAAUUUACGUUUUCAACUCAGUUGUUAACACUAAAUUACCUGUUAUACUCUCCCACCGACGCAGCACCACAGUUUCUUCAAUUACUUACCCCCUUUAUUAACAUGAGUAUAGCAUUGCCAUCGUUUUGAGGUCAUAUGAUAGUCGCAUGGUUUUUUCGACCAAUCAGCAUCUGUCUGAUGCACCGUACAUGAAAUCAGCUCUGGGCAUUUGGGACAUAAUAAUGUGAAUCCAUGCUGUUAAUUAUAACUAAAAUGAAUAACACGUUUCCACCCAUCUUCGAGCUCAAAUGUUUCUCAUCAGUAACAAUCAACAUUUUCAUCUUAUCUAUGUCAAGUGGUAGCUUGUUGGCAUUGGCCCAUUUGGUGACCUCAGAAACAGAUGUAUUCAGCAAAUUGUGGAGCUUUGCGGCAUCUCUAUAAAGCAUAAAGUUUGUUAGUUCAGAAAUACUUCCUAUUUUAAUUUUGCUCACUUACCAUUGCGUGACAUUCUCAGAAAAACAGGAAGUUAAUGAUGUAAUCCAACAGGGACUUUUUGUGAGUAAAUGAGUACAGCAUUGCUAUCAUUUUGAGGUCAUCUGAUAGUCGCAUGAUUUUUCGACCAAUCAGCAAGUGUCUGAUAAGUGGAAUUGUUUGUGGCCUUUGCAAGAGCCUUGUCGAUUACGGUCGAGAUUUAUCAGGGGUUGCAUCAUUUGUAUCAUUUUUAAGUUAAAAAAUGUUUUUUCCGCUCCUUUAAUAACAACUUAAACACCAAACAACUCACAUUCUAUCACAUAGCAUGAAAACAACGUCCAAAGUCCAAUGAGAACAUAUACAAUCAUUGCACUACAUGAACAUUAGGCAAUUUCCAUGAGCUUGAAUUGUAUUCCACUGAUCAAAUUCUGUUUUGCCAAAAGAAGACUUCGCUCCAUUGUGUCAUUUCCCUGUAAACAACUUGCAUUUAAUCACGUAUUCUGACUGCAUUGUCCAAUCCCCUGAAAAAAAUUAACAUGGAACUUAAUGCUACUGAUAGUGAAUUUUUCACGUAGUUCUCCUACAUUUUGAGUUUUUCUUCAUAUAAAAUUGGCUUUCAGUGACCUUGGACUUAAUCCAAUUGCGUGUUAGUUCCUUGUAUGCACUUUAUCAUGUAUUUCACAUACAGGGCAAAGUCCAGAUAGUUAACAACCAGUCAAGGAGCCCUCUCUGAAUCAUUAUCCUUUUCUCAUGUUAAAUGUAUCUUCACUUAUUCAAGAUCAUAGUAUAUCUUAGGUUAUGUCUAAUGGAGACACAACAGAGUUUCAGUUUGCUUUUCAUGGUAAAAUUACGUGGAAUUAUAUUUUUCAGGCAAUUAACCGUAGACAAAUAAUUUUGAUUUUCUCUCUGUCAGAGGAACAGCAGUAAGCAAAGUCUCUUCUGCAACCGUUAUUAGGUCUCAUCACGCAAAGUGCUCUCUCCUCAACGGGGAAUAUAUGGUGUUGUGUGACAAGACCAAACAACUGCUGUAAUGGGAGACAUCAGUAAGUUUCAGGCCAAGUAAGUUUGGCACUGAGGCAUUUUGUUUUUGCUUAGAAGUAUUUAGAUAAUAGACCACAAAAUACCUGUGUUAGUUCAGAUACUGGUAAAUUAGGUUUUUUUUUUUUACUCUUAAGGUGAAGUAAUGCGAUAUUAUAAGGGUUAUGCUCUUUUUCUGUCACAAAAUGAAACAUUAGGUACACAAAGUGCCCCAUCCUAACUCACUCAGCCAAAAAAUAACCCUUACAAUAACUGGUGUUUUCAGAGCGAUUGAUUCUUUAAUCUUAUGAAGAGCUACAAGAUUGCCAUUAAAAAUUGUACUGCUUACAAAUGUUGGUUUUGAACUAUAUUUCAACAAUUUUUUCAUUAGUUAUGAGUUUGAUGUCUACUCCUUUGUGAAUGUUUUCCAUCGUUUUGAAACCAAACAGACUGAUUUAAUUGUAAAACUCUAUGAACCUUCUUUAGCUUUAAUUUAAAAUCAAGAUACAAUUUAAGGUUUCUGUAAUGAAGUACAUAUUUUUUUGAAACAACAUUUUUAACCUGUCUGAUGCUUGUAUUUUAUAUUUGUUCACAAUAAUUUGAUAGCAUAUCUUCAGGAACACAGAUUUUUCAGUGGGAAGUGAGUAGUCAUUGUGACUAUCAUGUAAUUUCUAUUGGUUACUUAAGAUCAACCUCAAAUAUUAAACCUUCUUCACUUUGUUGUGUGUAUUCAGCCAAAUUGACUUUAUCAAUACCCUUUUUCACUCAACCAUUUAAAACCACCAGUUGGAAGAUACUGACUCAUAGCCCAACCAUAUAGAUUAUUAGUAUCGAGAUACAUAAUAUACUUUGAUGGUUCUUUGUCAUUAUAGUUUUUUAUGUAUUUAUUGUUUGCUUUUCCAUAUCUAAUAGAAAUAUAUGAGAUGCCACCAUACAUCCUUUUUCAAUGUAUUGAAAUAUAUCAAUUUCUGUCAUCAGUUCUAAUUUUAUAUUGGUCAUUUUCAACAUAGCAUCCCAAGACAUUCCAGGACUUGAAAAAUAAUGGUAUGGAUCAAGAUGAUAAUAUACUAGACAGGUCUUUCUGAAAUUCUCAAAUACAUCAGUAAGCAAAAGAAUAUCUGAUCUAAGAUACAGAUCAUGAUACUGACCCAUUGUCUUGAGAUUAAAUGUCUGCCACACAUUUUAAGUACAUUUGUUUGUAUUGAUCAUCAGAUAUGUGCACAUCUUGAAGAAUACUGUAAAAUUCAUUUUUUCCUGAUAGUUUUUCAUCAAACUUAUUAAAGCUGUCCAUGUAAUAUGUUGCAUGAUUUUGAAUUGCCCAUCUUUGAAGACUUCUGAUGUGUAUUUGUAUUCUUUAUCAGGUAAAUUGUUUGCUAAUCUGUCAAGACUUGAGCUCAUGAAUUGGAAACUAUCAAGAAAAAUCAAAUGCUUGCCCAACAUUAAAGCCAUGUAUUUUUCCAUGUUGUUUGGAAUAGCAUUGAUGUCCAUCUGUUCAUCUUCACCUUUUUUAUUCUUAUAUGUGUGUUUUUGGCUCUUUCACCAAUCACUUGCAUAAUAAAAUGACUCUCAUGACCUCACAGAUUUUGGAAGAUAACUGGUAUCUUGAUUUUAUCAACUUUUAAUCUAAAGUGAUUGAAAUUACAAUCUUGAUGAGCUGAUCCCCUGUACUUGCCUGUGAUGUGACAGUGGUCUCUUAUGGUGAUAUCUUUCUGCUUGUAUGAUCUUCCACAAAUAUGACAUUCCUUAGCCUUGUUGAAUAUUUGUUCAUCUUUACCAGACAUUUUCAGUGGUUUAUUAAAAUACUUUCUUGUUAUUUCUUUACAACAGUCUACUUCUUCAAAUCAUAUUUUCAAUGAAUCUAAAGACAGCAUUUUCUCCUCUAUAUGUUUGAACUGGCUUGCUGCAUCUAUCAUCAUAACAACACACAACUUUGUAACCAUAUCCACAAUCUGUAUUUUUCUGGUAUGCUUCUGUGUAUGAUUCAUUAUUGUCUGGUAUGCAUGUGUGAAUCUUCUCUGUUAUCGCUUCAAAAUCUGCAUAGCUGACGAAAGGUACAGGCAAUUGUUUGUGAAAACUAUUGAAUUUCAAUGUCUUGCUGCCUUUUUCAGGUAUUUUUAUUGCUUGCUUUCAUUUAUCAUGAUACAGUCAAUUUUGAGUCUGUUAAGUAUCUCUUCACUGUUUAAUCAUCAUCAACAGCACAUACAGAAAUGUUUCCUAUGUUAGACAUGGUUGGAUGCUACUCUGGUUUAUAGAUUUACUGAAUGUUACUGAAGAAGUUACAAUUCAUAGACCCAAUGUUUCCGAACACUCCUGUCUAGUGCCUUCAUCAGGGGUGAUCUAAACACUGCAACAAGAGGUCCUUUUAUAUGAUCACUAACUAGCUGCCUUUUUUCUGAUGAGGUGUAAAUAGGGGUCAGGAAGUAAGCCACCAUCAUCACAAUUUAAAGGAGCAUGGGCAGAGUUAAUAUGCCAAGCUUCCAAACAAAGGCGCUGGUGGUAAUGCCAAUUAGUGGUGAUAAAACAAAGCUUUGUCUCUGCUUAAUGACAAGAGUAUGUAUGCAGUCUUAAACUCUGAUGCUACAAGUGAAACUCAAAGAAAGUUAAACAAAAUGUUGCUUGAUUUGAAAAAAGCUGAUAAGAUUAGUGACUCUACAUACAAAAUGUUAUACAGUAGUGACGGCUUUUGUUCACGUUAUUUUUCAGAGGGUUGUAUUGAACAAUGUUUAUCCAAUGAUUUGGUUAUCCAACCAGAACCUUCUGAUAUUGAAGUUGCAAUCUUAUUUUGAAUCUUUUGACUUGAAAACAUCAGAUCGUCUUCACGAUCUCCAGUAUUGAUUACUGUUUUGGGCGCACUGUUGCUGUUUUAUUAAUUGUACCAUCUUGUGUCAUCUUUUCAAAUGUGAAACUCAGAGUCUCAACAAAUUUCUUACCUUUCAUUUCAUUCAUCUGUUUAGUGAGUCUGUAUUGAAUAGCUUUUCUUGUUUCUGUAUUUUAUUUUAAUGGACCUUUAUUGUCUCUCACACCAAUUUCAGAUUAUUUGAUCCUUUGAGAGCUUUACUUUCUCCUCUAUUUUUGUCCUUGGCAUUGGAACUGGUAUAAUCAUCUUUUUUGUUCUUGGCAUUGGGGUUGGUUUCCACCCAUCUCUGAACUCAAGUGGUGGAUGAUAAUAUCUUCAUAAUCCUGCACCAUCUGUAUGACAUUUUUUCGUGGUUUUGGGAUUGGUCUUAUGUUUUUUGUUUAGAAACUGGUUUAUCAUCUGUGAUUACUAUAUCGCUCUACUUCACCAUCUGUUUAAAGCUUGGUUUUGGAGUUGAUUCUGCAUUCUGUUUUAACAACAGUUUGAUAAGUUGUGAUUUACUGAGCUUUCUGAGGUCAGCCUUAAUCAUAGACAUAUUAUUAUAUUUUUCAUUUAUCUUCAUUGUACUACACCUUUAUAUUGUUAUCUUUAUGUAUCUACGAACAAUGCAUUUAAAUAAGUUGAAAAUAACCGGUUUGUGGAUAAUUCAAAGUCAAAAAAGUGUUUAAUCACUGAUGUUGUGUUGAUGCUUCUUGCCUUUUAUAUACUUCUAUUUGCCAGCCAACAAAUAAUUAUUACCGUUUUUACAAACAUCACAAUACAACUCUUUGUUGAGCAUAUAUGUUGUCAAGGAUCUUUGGAAAGUGUCUUUUCUUUCUUCGUCAGUUGUAUAUUCUAUCUGUCCACUUCUCUUUCUCUUUUGUUGUUUUUCCAAUCCGUACAUAUAUAUGAAUUGUACUCCAUUAUUAUAUAUUUUUUGUGCGUUUAAAUGUUGCUAAGGUUCCAUCUGCAUGUGUUUAUAUAUUUUUAAACUCCUUCAUUGGUAUCCAGCGAUUGAAAUCAUCACUUUAUCCCUUCCACUUCACAAGAGCUUGUUUCUUUUUGUAAUCUCUCCAAAUCACUUUAUCAAUUGUGAACAAGGCUUGUUUUGCCCUUGACAUUUCUUCCGUAUAGAAACUUCUUUUAAUUUCCUCACCAUUUAAGUCUUUUAUUUUGUAAGUGAUGGGAUCAGUAUUUUGGAUUUUUUCUACUGUAAAUACCUCUCCAGUCCAGUUUGGAAUGUAUCCUUUAUCAAAUGUCUUUCCCUUGUAUUUAGAUAUUUGAACCUUAUCACCUGCUUGGAAUUUCAGUUUGGAUGAUAAUGGUUUCAUAUCACCAUAAGGAUUGAAGUAAACAGUUCCUUCAUUCUUCUUUUUACUUGCUUCUACUGGUGUCAUUUUGAUGCUAGAAUGUUUUAUUGUCAUGAUACUGUUUCAAUUUUUCAGGUAGUAUGUCUAAAUACUGAGUAUUACCUUGAAUUGUAAACUGUUUCCACAUUCUCUGUUGUAUUGUUCUAUUCCAUCUUUCAACAGCAGUGGAUUUUUCUUCAUUUUCUGUUGAAUAUGUUGUGUUAUGUUUGUCUAAUAACCCUUUGAGAUGUUUAUUAUAGAACUCCUUACCCUUAUCAACCCAUAUAUAUUGUGGUUAUCUACCUUUGAAGAUGGUCUUUUAAGUUACAUUUUCACCUUUCUUAUCCUUUAAAGGUUUUUUCCAUCGAUAUUUACUGAACACAUCAGUAACCAUAAGCAGAUCUUCAUACCCCUUAUUCCAUUUACUGAUAUUCAGUUUGCAUAUCAACAACGUCUGCACUCCAUAUUUCAUCAAUGUGAUUCACAAUAAAACGCAGUUGGGUGAAAUAUCUUUUGAUUAGUUUAUGUAAUUCAUCAGCUAGUUUUUCCUGCCAGUUCUUACUCAAAGAGGUUCUGAUUUGUGUUGAUAUUUCGUGCUAAGAAAUGUCCCCACUGACUUUCAUUAUAAGGUACGGCAUCGAGAGCUUUGACCAUUUUGCGAUCUUCUUUAUUUUUACACUUUCUAUCAUCUUUGCGCACAGAAUAGUCAGCAUCAUGUUGCAUUGCUAUUGCAUCCGUUUUACCCGUCGGCAAAUCGUAGAUCUCAAGUUUUUCAUCAGUGUUAGAAUUAUAUUUCAACAGAGAUUACAGACCAUUGAACGGACCUAUGUAUUUAUGAACUGGUAAGGUCCAACCACUUUUUGGUUUUGGCAACUUCCCAAUUGCUUUGUGAAUAUCUAAAGUACCUCCAAAUGGAUACCUAUAUUUUGGUCGAAAUACACAACGUUACAAAAGUCAUUAGUGACAGUGUUGUUUCUGGUGUUUGUUCAGAUAUUCUGUAUCGAUUCAGCGUAGACAAUUUACCUCUCAGUUUUCCAUUUCAUAUCGAGCCUAAAAGAGCAUUGUACUAUAAAACCAAUUCAAAUAUUACAAAAGAUAUGCGUAUGUAUCUCACAGAUGCACUUAACAGGCCUCUUGAUUUGAACAACAUUCCUGUUUCGCUGAUAUUGAUUUUGAAAGAAGAGUGAAAUUUGUAACAAUAAUAUAUAUGUCAAGAGUACGGCGGAUCAGGUACAAAACUGAUCAUAGUGUGUAUUACAAUGUGGACACCGUGAAGCGCAAUGCUAAAAUGAUUCAAAAUGGUGAAGGUACUUUUGAUGUUGCCAAACAAGUCGCAAGCAAGGUUGCCUCCAAACUGACAGGAAAUUUUUCCAAAGAUAUCGCCACAAAGGUAGCUACAAAAGCCUUUGAAAAAGGUGCAGAACAUGCCAGACACAUAGUUUUAUCUAGAGCGUCAUGAAUUUCAGAGUUACAGUUCAUUAUUCUAUAACAUUACAUUAGAUUUUUUUAGAUCCACAAUUAUCGUGAACAGUGUCGUACACAAAUAAUUCCGAUGGGUGAGAAACCAUUUUUUCAAUUCCGACGUGCGAGAAAGCACUAUUGUCGCACAAAAUAAGAUGCUAAUUCCAAGGGAAUUCUACUCAUAUUCAUAUCUCAUAUCCAAGGCCUUGUCAAUGCCUUAAAUUUGAUAUAUUUAAGUUCACACAGCAACCAGGUGGACAAUCAGACAUGGUUUGAUACUAUUCUGGUUUAAAGAUUUAAUGAAUGUAACCGUGAAGUUACAAUUCAUAGACCCCUUUUGCUCAUGAACAGGGACAGCUAUCCAACUCACAGAAACAGGCUAUGAUUGCUUUGAUAGAAAAGAAAGACAAAGACAGACGUUUUAUGAAGAACUGGAGACCAAUCUCUUUAAUUGAUGUCGAUGUUAAAAUUACAUCCAAAGUAAUUGCAAGAAGGCUAGAACAAAUUCUACCUUUUUUGAGUCACCCUAACCAGAAUGGCUUUAUUAAAGGGAGAUCAAUUAAAGGGAAAUCAAUUCCCAGUCAGAUGCGGGGUUGGGCAAGGUGACCCCUUGUCACCUUUACUAUUCAUCCUUGCUCUUGAAGAGCUCGCUUGUCGAAUUCGUGAAGACAAUGAAAUUAAAGGUAUAUAAGUUAAGGAGGAACAAAUCAAACUAACCCUUUUUGCCGAUGACAUGACUUGUUUCCUUGGAGAUACUACGUCAUAUCACCGUUUGGUGGCGACUCUUGAGUCGUUUUCUAGAUUCUCCAACCUCCAAGUCAGUAAAGAUAAGACUGAAAUUUUUGCUAUUGGUAGCCAUCGUCUCGAUCAAAUCAAUUAUGCUCACAAAGUACGAACUUCAAUUAAAAUUCUAGGAAUCGUUUUUGACUAUAACGUCCCAUAGAGGAUGAAAGCGAACUUUGAAGCAAUUUUAAAGUCUAUCAAAAAUACAACAAAUAUGUGGAAAUGGAGAGGGCUUACUCUCCUGGGAAGGAUAUAGCUUGUAAAAUCAUAUAUUAUCCCUAAAGUCUUGAGUAAAGCGUCGUUGAUUACAUUCACAGAUGAUUUAAUCAAAGAGGUCAACAUUCGGAUGUACCGUUUUAUUUGGAAAGGCAAUGAUAAAUUAAACGCGCCGCUCUUAUCAAUGAUAUCGAGGAUGGAGGACUUAAGAUAUUGGAUAUUCAGUCGAUGAUCCUCGCACAGAGGGUGAUGGUAUUAAAAGGAUUUACAAAUAAAGAUAAUAACAGCUCUUGGAAAAUAAAGUUGAAUUACUUCCUUUCUCAGGUAGGGAGAGAAUUUAUUCUUAAGUGUAAUUUUGAUACUAGGCAGUUACCUAUCUACCUUCCGUCCUUUUAUAAGGAGUGCCUGGACACUUGGUCCAUGUUACGGCAACCUUCAAUACUUUCGUAUGAAGAUGUAGUUCACCAGGUUAUAUGGAACAAUAAAAAUAUUUCUGUCCAAAAGAUCUCACUUUUCGAAAAACACUUGCUUUCUAAAGGAAUUGUUGCGAUCGGUGAUCUCAUUUCUGACACUGGAAUCUUCUUAAAGGGUGCUAAGGUGUUACAUCCAAAUUUAUCUUCGAUACAACAUUUUAAAUUAAUGAGCGUCGUGGACGCCAUUCCUUGAGACAGGAGGCGUAAUGUUAAACAAAGCGCUUGACAUCUCCCUUCUCAUACAGAUGAUAUAAUUUGUUUAAAGUUGGAAAAUUCUGAGGUGAUGUUAGCCAAAACCACGUCCAAAUCGCUUUAUAACGCGUUUAAAAGCAAAAAGCAAAUCCCUCCAACUGUACAAAAAAAAGUUAAAGGAAAAAUUUCCACAUUUUCCGUUUGACUGGAGGAAAAUAUUCUUCUUGCCUUUUACCGUCACAAUUGAAACUAAAAUUAGAGAAUUCCAAUAUAAAGUAUUAAAUAAUAUAGUAUUUACAAACUAAAGAUUGUUUAGGUGGGGAUUGUCGGAUUCGCCUUUAUGUACUUUUUGUAAACGAGGUUGAAUCCUUCGAACAUAUAUUUUUUUCUAUUGCAAUGUUAUAAAGGCUUUCUGGGAAGCUUUCUGUUCUUGGCUUGGUGAAUGUCUAGUUAACCUUCAAACAUUUACAACAAUGGAUAUAUUUUUUGGAGGUUUAAAUGCGGAAGGGGACUUUAUUAUUCUAAAUCAUCUAAAACUGACCGCUAAAUUUUAUAUAUACACGUGUAAUUUGAAUUCUAAGAAUCCCUCCAUACGAGUUUAUAAGGCUAAGAUCGGGGAGAUAUACCAGGUAGAAAUGAAGAUAGUAGCAAAGCGGAAUAAAUCAGCUAAACAUUUUCAGAAAUGGGAUAAGCUUUGCCACAUAUCGGUUUGUGGGAUGGGUGUCAUCCAAACAAUGCAGAGUCGCAUAAGAAGUCAAAUUUUAUUGUAAAGCAUAAAUAAUUUACCGUAACGUAUUGAAAGUAGUGUAAUAUGUCGUAAAAUAAUGUAAAUGUAGAGUAUUGUGUACGUAGUGUAAAUAAUCGAAAGUAAGUCAUCUGCUGUAAUCAAGUUUAUUGUAAGCUAUACUUUGUUAGUAGUGUUUUCUCAGUAAAUUAUUGUAAGUGACGUGUUGUAACUGAGUCCUGUAGUGUAUUAUAAGUAGAGUAAUGUUUUGUAAAACGCUGCCUCUUGAAGAAUUCUGCCAUAUCCGACACACCGAUUUAAAAGACAAAGUUUCCAGCAACACUCAGAAGGAGUUCCUCUCCUGCGACACUGCUUCAUGUGUGAGUGUAGCUCAAGUUAAACCGCCCUUACAAUCCGCUAUUUUUGUUUGUACCACGUGAUCACACCCGCUGAACUAAUUUCUCGAUCGAUUGGAAAAUUAUCAAUCGACCAGAAAAAAUGUUCAAUCUGUAGAUAGAUUUUUUGAGAGUGAAGAGUUUUCGUGUUCGUCAAAAUAUGUGUGGACCAUCGCAAAUAUUUAUGAUGGGCCAAUCUUACCCCAUCUAUGCCUGUGCUGAUACUAAUCAUGCGUGUCAUUUCAUCUGUUCAUUUUGCGGUCGCUGGAAGCAAGGGGUUUUUAGGUCAAACUUGAAAAAUAUGCUGAUAGGUAGAGUGUCCAAAGCGUUUGGAACAAUGUGAUAUGUAAUUUAAACUAAAGGUUACCGCACUCGUUCAAGAGCAAAAGACCAUCGUGUCUGUUUGCCGCAUCCAUUGAUUGAAAAACAGUACCAUGUUCUCGGAGCGCGCUCGCACUUAUUCGCCUGUUUACGUGAAUUUUAUGAGCGAUACAGGAUGCGCGGUGUAAUAAUGAUGAAUCACUUUAAAAAGUUGUUUACAUAUCACCAGAAGUGACUGAGAUGGGGUCUAUAACUGGCCACAGAAUAGACUAUAACAGGUGAAAGUUUACCCAAUUAAACCUCCACCCUUCCCCGAUUGAAAGAUUUCACCACCAAUUCAGUAGAUAGCAAAUUGAAUCAUCUGUUACUUUUUAAGGCUUGGUGACGAUGAUGAUGGUGCAGCCCCGGUUGGUGUCAGCGAAUGCACCACAGAGCCCACAUCUUAUGAUCACCCAACAUGUCCAAACAUAAAGUUUUGGGAUCUACCAGGAAUUGGUACUCCAAAUUACCGUGACCUGGAAACGUACCUCGAAAAAGUGAUGCUGGAAAAAUAUCAGACGUGCCUUAUCUUUGCAUGCAACCGAUUUACCGAGAACGACAUCAUAUUGGCCAGAGAGAUCAGGAAACAGAGGAAGUAUUUUUUUUUCGUUCACACAAAAAUCGAUGAAAAUGUUCGAGCAGAAAGGCGAAAGAAAUCUUUCAGCGAAGCUGCUAUGUUACAGAAAAUCCGGCGCAACUGUAUAGACAAUCUGGUUGACGAGGCCGGCAAACCCAUCAGCAGUGAAGACGACAUCUUCCUGAUAAGCAACCAUCAUCCCGACAAGUGGGAUUUCAGUCGACUUACCGAAGCGAUUCUUGACGCAUUGCCAACAUAUAAGAGAGAGGCACUCACCUUGUCUCACAGUUACCUAACCAGCUUGUCAAAAGAUAUCUUGAAGAGAAAAGCUGAUGUUCUCAAGGGACGGAUAAUCCUUGUUGCAGGAUUAUCUGCUGUGACCAGGAUGACUUUUGAUUCUGGGCCAUCUAUUGAGUUUGAUGCCGCUCACGUGUCUGGUGAAAUUAACGAGUAUAAAACCCAGCUUUGUAUUCCUGUAGAAGGAUCCGAAAGUUAUGGGAGGCUAAGUUCUGUCGCCCAAAGGAAAAUUCUCGACCUUAACAUAAAGCUUGCCAAUUCUCUUCAGUUGGCAUCGGAAGCUACCGUAGAAGGUUUUGCAGGAAUCGCUUGUUAUAUUCCGAUCUUGGGUUCAUUAAUAGCUACUUCUUCAUCUUUUGUCAGGGCACAUGCUCUUCUUCGCGAUUCUUUAAAAGAAAUUGAAGAAGUAGCACUGGCAGUCCUGGAGGAAAACUGCCUAAAUUUAUUAAGAUCUUGAUUAAGCUUGUAUUUAUCCAGAUUUAAUAGGAACAUUUGUGCCCCUUAGUUUUAUUUGCUACAUUAGUAAGACUUGUAGGGUAGAGUUGAAUAAUUGCUUUUUUUUACUUUUUUUGUAAACUUUCAGUUCGAGUAACAGGGACAGUACUAUCUACUAAAGUUUAAAAACUGUGUAUGAUAAUGGUAAAAAGGACUACGAUCGAGUGCUAUCAGGCGGAAGAACUGUAAAAAGGUUUUUGAAGUCAUUGCCGAGAAUGGAACAUUUUCUCUGUUGCCAGGAAUAUUUACUCUGUCAUAGUUAGUAGAUUUUGCAUCAAGCUCACUUCUUGAUAGGACAUGGACGUUCUUUAGCCCGUCAGUUUUACAACCGGGAAUUAAAGUGAAAAAAUUGAGC